UAUUAUUAGUAUAGAAAGCAGAAUGAGGUAUACCAGUCGUAUAAAAAAAUAGUCUGGUAAGAAAAAUAGAGCGUUAGCGAUCAUCUGUUAUCGGAACUAGCAAUAUGGAUCCUAACUCAUUAGCUCUUAAGCUAGCCAACUUGUAUAGGUGUUUCAGUACUAAUUCCCAUUUGACAGAGAAUUUAAACUUGUUUGUUGAAUUAAUCCAACAUAUUGACGCUGAAGCAAUAGUCCAUUACAUUGAUAUAUUACACCCUAUGUUCCUAAACACGUUGAAUGAUUCCCUGGUUAAUCUAGACGUGAAGAUCACUGCCCUGACGGCGAUGAGUAACUUCAUUCAACGGGUGGGGAGUUCAAAAGAUAGGGAGAGGUUUCAGGAUCUGUUGCCUGCGAUGAUGGACUUGCUGAAUGAGGCAUUGGAUAAAAAAUGUGAGGCAUCAGCGCAGUCUGAGUUCGAGAUUUUGAUCGAGUUGGCCAAGAAUGAGCCUAGCUUCUUCAGGAUGCAGCUUGUGGUUGUGGUGGGCUCCAUGUUUGAUAUAGCUGAAUGUGAGAGUUAUGAAAAGAAAACGAGACAUUUGGCGGUUGAAUUCGUGAUGACUUUGGUUGAGGCCAGGGAGAAGACCCCUGGCAUGAUCAAGAAGUAUCCAUUGUUUACUGAAAAAUAUUUUGCAAUUUUAUUGAAUUUGUUAGAGGAUGAGGUUUAUGACCCUCUCUUGCCUGAUCCUUAUGAUAUAUGGGAUAGAAAUGAUGAUUUCGUUUUUCUUAAGAUGUGUUUACGGCGGUUGUCCAAUGCGCUGGGUGGUAAGACUGUUGGUCCUGUUGCCUUUGAGCAGCUCCGUGCUCACUUGGCUGACGACUCGUGGCAGAAGCCAUGCGCAGCACUCUAUGCACUUGCUCAGAUUGUUGAAGGCUGCUCAGAGGUGAUGAUUAAGAAUAUGAAUCUAGUGGUGACAAUGGUUCUGGAUUGUAUGGGACAUCCUCAUCCUGGAGUCAGAUUCACCUCCAUGGAAGCAGUUCGCGAGUUUUUGAGUUUCAUGUGUCCCCAUUUUCAAGAACACUAUCAUCAGCAAGUAGUGCCGGCAUUAAUUAAAGCUAUGGAUGAUGACAGUGUACAAGUGCAGGUCCAAUUAUCAGCGUCAGCUGCACUCGAACUUUUGGCUAAGCAUUUUAAGGAGUUCUAUGGGAACAACUACGAAUCUAAUAAACCACUUUGGAAAGCUUCCCUGGUAGAAGCAAAUUUUCCAAGUAAAGAUGUAGAGAUGAUCAUGUCAGUGCACGAACCUGGCAGUUCGGUACUUCCGAAACAGAUUAUGGAAGCAAUUAUGUCAUUACAAGGAUCACAAGAGGAUGAUAAGGAUACAAGUACGAUCUACAAGCUAAAGAAAGAAUUUCCACGUGCUAAUCAGUCAGAAAUUCUUUCAAGAUUGGUCUUUCUAUAUUUCUUGAUCUCAUUCCAGACUGCUUCAAUUUUAUUUCCACUUUUGAAAUUCCAUUUCAAAGAGGUCAGGUUCCAUACAGUUGAAGCGAUGAAGCACCUUUUGCAAUCUGCUAAACUGGCUGAUGAGAAAGGGAUUGCUCCAGGUGAAAGCCAUUCGGAUUUCAAGCAGUUUUCGGACAGUAUAAUACUGAAUUUGGUGGAAGCUUUGCAUGAGGAGCUUGAAACAGAGAUAUAUGCACAUAUGUUGAAUACAUUACGACUGUGCCUUCAGAUAUGUGGACCACUUCUCAAUGAAGAUCAGCUUCGUCCAGUCGUGGAUGAGAUAAAGCAUGUCAUUACAGAAAAUUUAAAUAGCCAAGGAAAACUCACAGAGAGAGAAAAAACAGAAGACUUCGAUGCUGAGGAAGCUGAAUUGCUGAGAGGGGAAAAACAUCAACAAGAUCAAAUAUUUAAACUUGCUGGUGGCAUAUUAGGUAGACUAAUCGAAUCAUUCAAGGUUGUUUUCUUGCCUUACUUUGACGAGCUAUCAUUAUAUCUGAUUCCGAUGUGGGACAAAGAAAUGACAAGUCUAGAGAGAUGUACAUCACUUUAUAUCUUUGGUGGUCUUGUGAAGCAUUGCUCUGAAGCAGCUCUAAAGUACUGUAAUGAAUUUCUACCUUUGCUUCUGAAAUCAAGCAAUGACGAAAACCCAGCAGUUAGACAGAAUGCUCUACAUGGACUUGGGUUUUAUGCAGAAUAUCAUGGUUCUGUUUUCAAACCUUUUGUUAGAGAGGCUAUGUCACGGAUCAAUGUAGUGAUAAUGCAUUUACGUGCUCGUGAACCUGAGAAUGAACUUGCAUAUGAUAGUGCUGUUUUUACCCUUGGUAAAAUAUUUCAGUUUCAUCGAGAACUUAUCGACUCAGCCCAGGUCAUUCCCAUUUGGUUGAAUUGCCUGCCUGUAAAAGGUGACUAUGUUCAUGGUCAACUAUGUUCCAUGGUUGAAAGGUCAGAUAGAGAACUUUUGGGUACCAAUUAUGAACACUUCCCAAAAAUUAUGUCAAUUUUUGCAGAGGUUAUAUGUGGUGGAAAACAUCUUGCUACAGAAGAAACAACAAAGUGUAUGAUUAAUCUGUUGAGGAAUCUUCUUAAAGAACUACCACCAGACACUUUGACAUCAGCAUGGUCAUUGAUAUUGCCUCAGCAAGAAAUGGAACUAAAAGCCAUUUUAUUUCCUGGAAUACUUCAUGUGGUACGUUUUCACAACAAAACAUUUUGUAUGCUUGACACUGAUACCAAUGAAAGCUCUCCCCCUUACUCUUUACCAUCCAAAAUUGUCAAACUUCUUGAGGAAGAACACCAGAAAAAUAGUAUUAUUGUUCCACAAAUGUAACUUAUAAACCAUAAAUUGUAUCUUUAAUUAAGUUUUGUAUCAUUUAAGUAUACAAGAUGAUACUAUAGUUGAUUUGUGGGGAAUUGAAUAUGUAAUUAUCAUUAGAUUAUCUAUUUUAUAUCUUUUUACGAUUUA